ACGAGAGUUCUUCACCAGUUGAGCCUCCGUUCGUCAAGGAAAGUGUGCAGCUUGAGUGACUUCAUCAGGGCUUAAGCUGUUGGUGUUUGCUAGCCAAAGUAUCCUUUCGUGAGUGUUCAGCUUGUCAAUCAGUUCGUGUGAGAGCCUGGAACUGCAGGCCCGAGAUUCUAAUCCCAAACUAAUCUUUGCUUUGAAUACGAGAUUCCGAGCAUUCUUUUGAUUAGAGAGACCCUACCCAAAAUGGAGCCCAAGAGACUUGAGAGAUAUCAAGUUUCACCACAUUAAGCUGGAAUAUGAUGUAUCCAGUUUCCUCAGGGUUUCUCGUCGCAAAUUCAUCGUUCGGUCCGAGACUCGGUUAAUUUUCUCCUCGUUAUCCCUCUUUGGAGCUGAUCAGACAGAGUGUCCUAUUCAUAUGCCAAAUAUGUCAACAGGUUGAAUAUGACAACUUCAUUGACGAGUCUUGAUUCGUCUCCCAAGAAAGGAAAUCAGUCAUGAGCGUGAUAUCUCAUUUGAAAGUGUUUCUCGAGGAAAGUUUCGGUACCAUGAGUGGGUGUGUCUGAACUAAAGUAACUCGCCCUAAUCCAGUGUUCCUCGCUAGCGCUCUGAUCUGAAAUGCUCAUUGUGAACAUGUCCAAUAAUCCGUCAGGCAGUGUGGUAUUUAAUGGGGACUCGGUGGUAUCAGGGGGUGGGGCCAUCACCAGGCUCAAAGACGAUGAAAAAAAGACACAAAUGGUGAUCAUUGACAUCAAUCUGCAGAUUGCCAUCUUCCGGGAUCUCCUCAUUCACGUGGGCACGGCCAAAGACUCGGCCGAGCUUCGCGAAAAAAUUCGCAGAGUCCGUCGCCAAUGCGUUGAAGCCUGCAAACAGACCAAUACACAACUUCUUCCACAAAUAAAAAGUGCUUUAUCGGAGGGAACCAUUCUGGACAACCAUCAACUGAUCUGCCUUUACAUGCUGAGUCAGCUUUUGGAACGAGAGCUGGACAAAUGUCUCCGAUUAGUGGUGGCCAUUCCAAUGGACAUGAGCUCCAUAUAUGAUAACAAACCAACGGCGCAUGGCUUAGGCUCGGUUUUGUCACAGAUUGUCAUUUGUAAGUCCAUGAAGCCGGAUUUUAAUGUGGAGGAGCGGAUCAGUAUUGAAAAGGAUCGCCGUGAGAUUUGCCAAAUCAUCAAUGAAAUGGCCGAAUGCCUCCCCAAAGAGGACCCUGAAAAGGCUCGAAAUGGCCUUACUAACGCGGAUGCCAAUAAGCGGACGUGGAUUUUCAAGCGAAAACGAAAGUCCAGCUCUGUCAACACCAGAAGUUUGGCCUCUCGAGGAUGCGCCUUGAAUGGCAUGUCCUCGUCGUUUUGUUGUCUCUGCUCGCAUUCACCUAGUAUGGUAUAAUAAAGAGACAAAUCGGAAUGCGAUAUGCUACCCUCCCCUCCCCCCUCUCUGCCCCUCUCUUCCCAAGGAUGGAUGGACGGAUGAAAGAACGAACAGAUGAAAGACGGACCCUGAUGGACGAUGGAUGGACUUGCUCAGACAGUCAUGAACAUGUACUCCUUCUCAGCUUGAGAACUUCCGCCAAGACGAGCUCUUGUUCAAUAUCGUUGUUCUAUUGGCUCCCCCCACCAAGGUGUUUACCUUGGUCAAAUGCUACAAAUGUUGGUCUCGAAAAAACAUCCGGAACAAGAGGGUUAUGGUUUCAGAGCAAGUUUCCAAUGGCUUCGAGGCAUAUUUGCAUUGAGGAAUUGUACGAGAUAUGCAAUUCCUGGGCGAAUUGAAAGUGACUUCGUAUCGUCGUAUGAUGGAUUAUGCCCCUAUUGUAGUAUGUAAAUGACACAUUUCAUUCGAAGGAGUUCCAGCAACCAAGUGCGAUUAUGAGAGAUUAAUACUUGGACGGUAAGCUCUGUCCUAAACUGAAAAAGCAUAAGCGGAGGUGAUCCAUCAAGGCUCUCAUCCAUCCAUCCGCCCAUCCAUUCAUCUAUCCAUCCUUCCAACCUACACACCCCUCCACUUCCACAUGAAUCCAUUAAAACACAACUGCUUCAGUAGAGUUGUAGAUCAAACAUGAUGAGACAUUUUAACUCGUUCUUCGUCAUGACACGCCCCUAUAUAUCACGCGUAUGCCCUUCCAAAUCCAUUCUGAACACAAAGACCACAUGUCCGCGCAGAGAACUAGCACGCGACUUCCUUAAAUAUACAUACAUAUAUAUAAACUGCAAAUAGAGAGAGCAACAGCUUAGUGACCACGCUACCAAAAUAUGAAAUAAACAAAUUGAACAACCUUCAAAGAUAUUUUGAAAGAAGAGAUCAUUCGCAUUCCAUGACUUAAGCAGGUCCAAGCCAUCGCCUUCU